AUGGCGGGCUCCGAUGCACCAAAAACAUCUGAUACUUCCUCUCGAGUUUGCUCAGCGGGUUCAUUUGCAGACUUGUCAAAAGAGAUUUUGAACGAGACCUUCUACAAUAUUAUCCACGACAUUGUUGCAAAAGUCCACCGAGAUGAAAAGAUUACUCGCAUGCGAUCCGCCGUUACCUUGGCUCGACAGCAGGCAGAGGUCGAAGCCGGCGACAAUCCCGAGAAAAAAGUGAGGGUGGAGACGGACGGUGCAAUCUACGACGAAGGAAAGGUCUAUUUGAAAGGAAACCCGCUCGCCACGACAAAAGAGAUUAUUUGCCCGUACUGCCGUUUGCCUCGAUUGCUCUAUCCAACUGCCGGGGUAGGCGCUCAACCCUCUCCGGAUCCCUCCAGAGAGUACUGCACAAAACAUCCUCUUAUCAGCAAGCCCGGUUACGAUGUCCACGGUAAUCCAUUUGCGACUGAUAAGCCAAAGAAGAAAAAGAAGGCAACAACCGCCAACACAAACACACCGGCUUCGAGCCCACCGUCUACCCCUGAUGGAAACUCGUCCAAGCAAGCCGUACCCGAAUAUCCAACUAUCAAGUGUCCGAACUGUCCACGCUAUUUUCAAACAAACCGAGUGACUGCACACCUUGACCGUUGCAUGGGGAUAUCCGGGCGUAACACUACUCGUAACCGCGAUGGUGCAUCAGCUACGCCCUCUACUACAGGACCACACAAGAGACCACUUUCAGAUGGCGAUGUGGCGCCCAUCAAUCCCAAAAAGAAGAAGCCUAACACACCAAAAAAGCCUGGCCCCAGUAAGCCAGCGCCUCCGAGUAAAUUGAAAAACGGGGCAACGCCGGAUACGAUGAUAGCCGAAGAGGCUGCCGAGGCUUCCAAGGACCCAUCGGACGAUGGUAUCGUGAAGACAGAGUCUUGA